UUUGGGGGGAGCUUUGCCCGUGCACGGUAGAGAAUUUCUUCAUAGGACAGUCUACACUUUAAAUAAUCGAUUUACUUAACUAGAAAUACAUGUAUUAAGAAACGAGACUGUAGCCUAGUUGCUUUAGCUGUUUUAGUCCACUAGAGGUCGCCUAAAUACCACGUAGCCUGAUGUAGCCAAACUUUACCCAUUUACCUUGGUGUUACCAGAGAAUGUCUAAUAAAGGCCCGUCUACGGAGGUACCUGGGUUCAUUAGCCUGUCUGUAAAGUAGUCAACUUUACCCACUUAACCUUGAUGGCUGGAUUAAUUUGGCUUCUAAAGUUAGUUGCUGUAUCGAUAUCAAUAUGAGUCUUGUCCAUUCCAGUUGACCAAAUUCGCACAUGGUUGCAUACACAUUCCGCUGAAUUUUUUUUCAACUACUUCAUCAACUCACAUUAUUUGGAGUCUUAUAACGUUUAACAGUAGUUACACUUGCACAACUCAAGGGUUGUGUGUGUGUGAGUGUGUGGCCACGAGCUACUAGCAACUACUUUACGCAUGCGCAAGGAAAGCUCUUGACCGGAAGAGAAGUUGUCGCGUGAAAACUGAAAGGAGAACAACUACUUGACAGAAGGUGGGCGGUAAAUGCGCUUUUGACCAGAACUGCAGAUGCCAAGCUUUGAGCUGAAGCCAGUGGACGGUGGCAAUCUAGUGCACCUACCGGAGGGCGAAACUGUUCUUGGCAGAGGUCCUCUAUUCGGAGUCAAUGACAAAAGAGUCUCCAGGAAUCAUGGGAUGCUGGAGAAUGCAGAAGGAAAACUCCGGAUCAAACCCACCCACCUGAACCCGUGCUUCGUCCAGUCUUCCCUGGAGUCGCCCCCUCAACCCCUGAAGAAGGGCCAGUGGUACACGCUCGACCCAGGGGACCUGCUCUCCCUCCUGCCGGGGAAGUACAUCUACUGCGUGGUGGCCAAGGAGGAGGAGGAGGAGAAGGAGGAGGAGGAGAAGGAGAAGGAGAAGGAGGAGGACGAGAGCACAAUUAGGAACAGCCAAAAUCUCUGUGACGACGAGAAAGGUGAGAGUGACGGAGAUGGAGUAGUGUCGGGAGAAGCAAAGACUUCCUGUUCGGCACCGCCAUCAGCCAACGAGACGCCGGACGUGUCCACUCUCCCAUACAGAGGGGGUGGUGUCUCGGUGAGCCAGCAGUCCACGCUGGUGCCCAGUCUAGAGGGCCGGGGCUCGGCAGACCUCCCUCCUAGCUCCCCCGUGGGAGACCUGGCAUGUGAUACUGGUGUGGCAGAGCAUCAAGAUGGCGGAGACGAGACGUGUGUGCCACCACAGAGGACCAGGACGCUCCCCGCGUGGAUGAUGGCAGGCAGUAGUGGAGAAGUCAGCGGUCCAAGCAUUCCUAAAGCGACUGGGAAGAAGGGCCCAGCGAAAGCCGCAGCUACAACACCCAAACCCAAACCCAACUCCAAAGCAGCCGCCGUGUCCACACCGAGCCGGGCCACACAGAAGCGGGUCAGAACCCGGGUCGUGUCCUCAGAGGAAGAGGCGGCGGCAGUGGACGAUGACGAAGAGAGAGAGGAAGAGGAGGAGGAGGAGGAAGUGGUCCAGUUGCCCAAGAGGAGGAGGAAGAGGGUAAAGAGCAGCGAGGAAGAGGAGGAGGAGGAAGAGAUCAAGGCUGCUGCUGUUCCUCCUCGGCCAGUGGUGAGACCCACCAGACAGGCGGCACCUGCUCGGGGCGAGAUGAGUGACGAGUCCGAUAGCAUGGAGGUUGGACUCGCGAUGGAGGAUGAAGAGCAACAGGUCGAGGAGAAGUCAAGAGGAAGAGCGCCAGAAGCUACCACGGCCAGCGUUACGUCCACAGGCAGCACAGAGGGGUCAGACAGUCACAAACGCAACAACAACAACAAGCCCUCGUCUCAGAACGGACAUGGAGCGUCGCAGGUUGCAAGCGAAGCUAAAAGCAAGGAAACCACAGCUGGACGGGGCUCAGUGAAGAAGACACCGAGAAGGACACCUUGUCCCUAUGGCAGCUCCUGCUACAGGAAAAACCCAGUCCACUUCCAAGAGUGCAGCCACCCGGAAGACAGCGACUAUGAGGAAGAGGCCGAGGAGGAGGAAGUGGACGAGGAGGAUGACGAUCGGCCAGAGUGCCCGUACGGGACCGACUGCUACAGGAAGAAUCCACUACACAAGAAAGAAUACAAGCACACCAGGCCUCCAGCCAGAACCUCUGCCUCCCGAAAGGACGACGAGGAUGAUGAUGACGAGGAGACGUAUGACGACAGCUUCAUCAACGACGACAGCGAAGAGGCCGUCGACAAGGACUCGGACUACGUGCCUGAAGAUUCCGGCGACAGUGGGAAGGAGGAUGUCAAACGCCUUCAGAAAGAGGCCAAGGCUUUUCUCCGGAGAAAGAAGUAGUCUCUGGGUGUAUUUUAUAUAUAUAUCCUAUGAAUGAUACAACAUAGCCAUCAAAGGCUUGUUCAGCAGAGCGAAGUUCAGGAUGCCAUUCAGUAAAGCAACAAGACAUGGGUUUAAGGAUAUAUACUCAUAUAAGUAUAUACUUUCUUAUAGGUUUAAGGAAAUAUAUUUAUAAAAGUAUAUACUUUCUUAUAGAUCGUAUCCGACUUUCUGAUCGGACUCAAACACUACUCUCCUGUUAAUGCAGGUUGCAACAACAACAGCCAUUCCUGCAAAUGGGUUAGAGGUCGAUGCACCAGUUGUGUUUUUUUUGUACCAGUGGUGGAGAGGCCUCAUUACCGCUACUAAUGGGUCGGAGCGUUCUCAACUACUGAUGUCUGUAAAGUGAUCUUUUAAUAGGAUUAUUUCAUUUGCCGGUUAAUUGAACGCUGUAUUGUAAUUAAACUUGGAAUAGUUCCAGCAACAGUUACCCAACAAGACAUUCAGUUCAGUUCUCCAUCAUUAGCAGCAAGUGUGUAUCAACCCACCCACCCCCCAUCAACACACACACACACACACACACACACACACACACACACACACACACAUACACACAACACACUGCUCCCUCUGGUGAGUCAUAUAGCUGUGAAGUACAAAGAAACAGGCACACAAAAUAAGAGAAAGAGAGAGAGAAGAAAGAGAAGAAAGAGAGCAGAAAGGGAAGAGGGGGGGGAACACAAC